AUGGCGGCACACGGGCCGAGCUCAAGGUAUAAUGAAGAAACGAUUCCAGAGAAUGAUGACAUCCGCAGAUUCGUUUGGGAAUAUGCUCACGUCGUCUAUGAAUUGUUUUCUAGGUUAGAACACUCUGGGAUAACGGCAUCGGGUACGAAGAUCGUCUUAGCAACGCCUGCGCUUGAUGUUCUAGGUGCUAUUGCCUCCGAAGAGGGUCUUCAGUUGCAUCAUGGGCUGGUCAAUAAGGUACUGAAGUGG